UCUAUCUACCCAUCCAUCUAUCUUUCUGUCUGUCCUUUCAUUAAGGACACACACACACACACACAACAGACACAUAUAAACAUAAACACCUAGAAAAACCAUUUAGCGUCAACCCCUACGAAUUUUGUUCAUCUUCAGCAUUUUCUUCUCUUCUUCAUCGCCAAGACUACUGCUGCUGUUUAUCUCAUCCCCCAUCUCCAUCACCACCACCACCACCACCACCAUCCCCACCACCACCAUCAUCAACAUCAUCAUCACCACCAACAUCAUCACCAUAUAAAUCAGUAACAAUGUUCCCGUCCUGCCGUCUGUAGUAGAUGUGGUUCUUUAGCCGGUCUCACCACCUCACAUUGCCAUCAUGGCUGCAAAGAUCACCAGAUUUCUUGCCUACUCCUUAUUCAGGGUUGUCUUACCGUUAACUCUACUCAUAGGAUGUUUGGUUCGUUACAGUGGACUCUCGUUAAUCUAUGGCAUUUUGCUGCUGCUGACUCCUCUCUUCAAAAGUCCAACAAUAGAAUCCUUACGCGGUGCGACUGGACACUUUUUAAAAGCUGUUCUUGCAAUAAGCUCUAUAAUAUUUUUAUCCCAGUCAAUAUUCCACAUUGUAUUAGUUAGUAUUGCUACACCAACUGAACCCUAUGGCUCCAUAUUUGGUAACUGUACAGAGAAAGAAUCUCUCGUUAGACAGAUUGGGUUUCAAAGGUUGGAUGAUGUUCCUGCCAAACACAUUGCAAGACUAAUUGGCCCAGAUCUUUUAGUGUUUCUUGUUUCAAUUGCUGUUCUAGCAAUUUGCAGCAAAAUCCUUAAGGAAGGCCCAAAGGGAUCCGAUCUCACCGGUAUUGUUCAUCCACAGAAACGUCGUGUUCAUAAAAUCCUACAGUUCAGCAAAAUUACAUUGUUAAUUUUGCUCUUAGCAGCCUGUAGCAUCAUAGUACCAUCUCUCUUAAGUGCUUUCUACUUCCUCACUUUCCUUAUUGCUGUUACCUUUUGGGCAUUUGGUAAUUCAUUGGGACGAAGAUUUUCAGGCUUCAAGUACAUACUACUUGUUUAUGCAAGCCUACAUCUGAUCCUUCUGUAUCUUUACCAAUUCCCAUUUUUCCAAGAAAUUCUCGAAGAAGAUUCCUUAGCUGCACGCUUAACUGGAUUCACUGCACUGGUUCAUACCAACUGUGCUGUGCCAUGGGACAUAGAGUUUUCCAGCAAUCAAGUUUCCUGGCCAGGCUUUGUCAAUCCCGGACUUCUUCUUCUGCUUUAUUGGACUGUUGCAUUCCAAUGUCGCCACUGGAUAUACGAACAAAGCACUCUGAAAAUGACAACUGACGUCAAAUCAGCCUCAGCCUAUAUUGUAGCCAAGAGACGGGUUCAUCAUCAUCGCCGCCAUUCUGGAUCUGAGCGGCAGAUCAUAGAACGCAAAUCCUUGCUGGCAUUUCAAGUUGGUCUUGUGGAGACAGGUGAGAACAUGCACUACAGUAGUUUGGACGCGUUACCGCCAAGUAACUCCUCCGUGCCAAAGGCACUCGAUAUCGAAGCCAGCGAAGAAUCUGAAGACGACGUACGCGGCAGCAAGGUCAGCCAUUCUCGGAGCGUCCUCAGCGAGAAGCGGUCGGUCAUUGCCUCCGUGUUGAUCUACAUCAUGAACCAAAGCUAUGUGUUGACUCUUAUUGCCAUGAUGGCUUGGAGUAUUACUUUCCAUAGCUGGUUGACCUUUGUGCUUUUGUUGGGAGCUUGCCUUAUUUGGAUGGUGCCCAAAUCACGUCGUGCGUGUCUCGUAGUCUCCCCAGUGAUUGUGAUUUAUGCAGAAGUUCUAUUGACCAUUCAGUUCAUCUAUGGACUUGACUUAAACGACCAGGAAUUACCAACCAAUAUCAAAGGUGUUAAAAUGGCUGAAGUUGGUUUCAUCAAACCUCACACUCCAUGUGGCAACUUGGCUUUACAGAUUCUGUAUACACUUGUGUUCCUGCUGACGUUACGACAACACAUGCGUGAGAAACAGCUGAAGACAGAGACGACUAAUGAAGGUUAUGCUCUAGGGCGUCUGGACACCGGUAGCACCUCCAUCACCCCUGCUGUCUCUGAGACACUGUAUUCUCCAAUGGAUUCAGAAUUUGUUGAUGGUUAUGAUGGGAGUACUAUUAAAAAUAUCGGACGUUACAUAUGGUCUCUGCUCAGCAAAUAUUGGAUAUUCAUCUGUGCUGGAAUGAUGCUGACCAUCGCCAUACAAGACCGAGUGGCUUACAGACUCGUCUAUUUGAUCUUCUUCCUCUACUUCGUUAUUCUGUUCCAGCUCUCCUACACCAUAUGGCGUCUGACAAUGUAUAUUUUCUGGUGGGUUGUCAUCAUUUAUUCAAUAGCUAUACUCUGCAUAAUAUACACCUACCAGUUCAGUCAGUUCCCAGAAUACUGGCGAAAUUCAACAGGCCUUUCAAAAGAAAUGUUAGAAGACCUUGGCCUACAACAGUAUGAUGUUCAAGGACUGUUUGAAAAAUUACUCACUCCUACCAGCUUCCUGAUUGUCAUUAUCAUCCAAGUACAUUAUUUUCACCAACCUUUCAUGAAUCUCUCGUGUCUGGACAGAUACCUAAGAGAAAUGCCGAAGUUUGAAGGAAUUGACAUGACAGCUGAAGAAGGUCUCACCACUGAUGGCACUAACCAAACCACUACUGAUACUGAGGCUGAACCUACCAAACGACCAAAACACUGGAGGAAGCAACUGCUGUUACGUUGCCAAUCACUGUGGAAACGUGCAAAUGAUACUUGGAACUAUGUUUCACAGUACCUCUGGAGAUUGAUCGAAAUACACAUAUACAAAGUGGUUGGUUUUACCAUCAUGGUAGUUGCUGCUAAAGAGGUGUCUGCUAUUAGUGCUGUGUAUGUUAUUAUCCUGGCCCUGUUUCUUCCGUUAGGGAAAUGCCGGCUUCUGCUCUCGCACAUUCUACAGAUAUAUACUGCUCUUGUGUUGUUAGCUAAAACUUCCUUCCAAAUGUCUGUUGCCCGGGUUACUGACUGGGAGAACAACUGCACAGAUAAAUGGUCGAAUAGCACAGAUGAAAUGGAUUACCCCUUCAAUGAAACAAUUAACAACAACAUUUGGAUUGGACUUCAAAAAGUAGAUUCCAACUAUUUACCUAAUUAUUUAGUGAACUAUGUGGCCAUCCUGCUGAUAAUUGCAUUCCAGUCAAUCGUUCGCUACCACCAAUAUCAACAUUAUAAACACCCAGAUCACAGAAGGCCGAAAGAAGGGAUUAUUUUCUGUAAUAUAACCAGGGAGGAUGCUGACAAAGGAAUUAUUGAUGUUCUCAAGUAUUUUGCUAAUUACCUUUUCUACAAAUUUGGACUUGAGAUCUGCUACAUCACAACUGCCAUCACCAUCAGUAUUCGAGUGGAUGCAUACUCUAUUCUCUAUGCCAUCUUCCUGGCGGCUUUACUCCUAAUGAACCGACGUAACAACGCCAGAGUAUGGCUGGUCUAUGUUCUCAUUCUGAUUGUUUUGCUUCCACUCCAGUAUAUGUCCUCAUUGGGCUUUCCUUUGGGGCUCUGCACUGAAUAUCCAUGGAAGGAAGAGGUGAAACCAUCUCUGCAAUAUUGGCUUUUCCUACCAAGCUACCUACAUCCUCCACCAGCCAUUAUACUUAUAGCGGAUUUCUUCCAGUUGUUAUUUGUUUGUCUCCAAUGGCAAGUAUUUAACGUGGAACUAGGAAGUCAGUCUACUAAUUAUGGCGGCGGUGACAACAAAGACAUUCUACCUGAGGUCGAAGCUUCCCUAGAAAUACCAGUUCCCGAUUUCACCACCACAAUGGCCAGUUGCUCAUCUGCCUCUGUGGUUUGGUCAUUUUUUCCUAAGACUCGUUCCUACCUAGAUGUGGCCAAGUACGCCGUAUUCUAUCACCUCUUUUGGGUGACCAUGGCCAUCGUCUUCUUCGCCGGAACGAAUCGAAUCAACAUAUUCGGUCUUGGCUAUGUCAUCAUAGUCUUCUGCUUCAUGUGGUUUGGCCGAGAAUUUCUGUUGAAGCCCUUGAGAAAGCUACUAUGGUGGUGGAAUUUCCUUAUUGGUUAUACUUUCCUUGUCCUUCUGGUGAAAGUCAGUCUACAGCUUGUUGGAUGUGUUUAUUUGGAUGGUUUUGGAAUUUCCCAUUGCUGGGCUGUAAAGUUAUUCGGUAUUACUUGUCUGAAUAGUUUUCAAAAAGAGCAACUUGGUAAUUGUGAAGCGGACAAAAAUGGUCUGGGAUGGGAUGUGAUCUGCUUUGCUUUCCUUCUACUGCAACGAAGAGUGUAUAGCUCCCAUUAUUUCCGUCAUAUUGUAGCGGAACUGGAAGCUCAAAGACGAUUGGCAUCCAGAGGAGCUGAACUGAUCAAUCGUAUUCUGAUCAGAGAAGUGCUGCUUCAGAAAGAGAGAGAAACUGAAGUGUUGUACACAAUCAAGCAAAAGAUGGAGCAUUUGAAAACCAAGCAAGCCGGACUGAAGAAGAGCUUCCAUGAACCCGAUGAACAUUUCCAAGCUAUCCGCUCUGGAGACUAUUAUUUAUUUGAAGAUGAAACAGAAGAGGUACCUGAAAGCCCAGAUCAGGGCCCAACCACUUCUUUGAAUAUUGGUCGGCCAGAACGGAGUGGCAGUGAAGAUAAAUCAUUGGGGCCACUUCAGCUGUUGUCCACCGCUAUCGACUCAGGAACUGACACAGCUCUGGAGAAGGCAAGAGAAGAUACAGACCAACCAGGUCAACAUCAAGACUCUACACCAUCGCCUAAACGCAUCGCGAUCGACAUGGGAUCUUCCGUUGAUAAGGUUGAAGAUGAAGAAACUACUAAACCUAAAGAGUCUCUCUGCUCAAAGAUUUCCAAUAGCUUCAAUUUAUUCAUCGCUAUCCUAGUUAGCAUGGCAAACUGGCUUAUUAAAUUCUUCAAUAGAAUAUCUAGGAAUUACCGACGUGUCGCUUAUACUUUGACUGAUGACAUGAGGAAAGAGAAGUUGAAAAUACAGGCUGAGAAGUUGACAUUUUUAUCCUUAUCGGCAAUGGAAGAAGGCAUAACAACUGUUGAUUCCAAAGAGGCUGUUACCAGAGCAGCAGAAGACAUCGGCGUUAACAAAAUAGCAGUGGAUAUAGACACUACGCCAGAAACUGACAUCAAAAAGUCUUUCACCAAGACAAAUUUGCAAGACAUUGAUAAUGCAGAAGAGGAAAAUGAAUUCGAGUUGGCCCAACCAGUGUUCUACAGAUUACUCGUAGCGUUCUAUUACAUGCUCAUCUCUCGCUCCGAGUUGGUUUGCUAUUUUCUCAUCGUCCUCAACCAAAUGAUGUCUGCUAGUCUGCUCUCCAUGCCUCUGCCAAUUAUGGUCUUCCUCUGGGGAAUGCUGUCUGUUCCACGACCAUCCAAGACAUUUUGGGUCACCGUUAUCACCUAUACUGAGGCUAUCGUCGUAUUAAAAUACUUGUUCCAGUUUACAUUCUUCCCUUGGAAUGAUGACGACAAUUCUAAAAACUGGAAAAACAAUCCAUUUUGGCCACCACGAAUCUUGGGUAUUGAGAAGCAAGAUUACUAUGCAACGUAUGAUCUUGCCUUACUUUUAGUUCUCUUCAUACACAGAACCAUUUUAAAGCGUUACGGCUUGUGGAAAGAUGCUGAAGAUAUCACAGCUGAUCUGGCAAAAGCUGAAGGAAAGGAACUUAGCCCUCCGGCAUCACCUCAGGUGCAAGAUAUAGAAAGGAAGUUUGCUGCCUGUGCUGCUGCCCUCGAAAAGCAGGAAUACGACUUCGACGCUGGGCAGGAGUCAGAAGUUGAUGUUCCUUUGAAAAAGAAGAUGAUAGUUACUCAAGACCCCAAGGACAACAGUCCCCAUAUUACCACGGUGGAACCUGAACCUGUAGAAGAAGAAGAAAUACAGAAGAGAAAUGUUUUAGCAGUUCUUGAAGCAAGGUUCGUAUCAGUUAUGAAACCAUUCCAGAAUUUCUAUCGCCAAAUGACCAACUCCGCCUACAAUGCAGUUGUCGAUGUAUAUGCACCAAUGUUUGUCUGUGACUUUUUGGCCUUCCUCAUUGUUGUCUUUGGAUAUUGGGCCUUCGGACCUGUCCAAUCUGGUGAAGGAAGUGUUACAACAUAUCUUGAAGAAAACCGAGUUCCAAUCCCAUUUCUUGUGAUGCUGGUUGUCCAAUUUAUGUUCAUCAUCAUUGACCGUGCUCUGUUCCUUCGUAAGUGUGUCCAUGGGAAAUUUAUUUUCCAAGUUGCCCUUGUCAUCAUUGUCCAUAUCUGGCUCUUCUUCAUCCUACCAGCAAUUACAAACAGAAUGUUUAUCAAAAACAUUCCAGCAAUGUUGUGGUACUUUGUGAAAUGCAUCUAUUUUGCUCUGUCUGCACAUCAAAUUCGUUCAGGUUAUCCAACCAGGAUUCUUGGAAACUUCCUUACCAAAAAUUAUUCAUACCUCAACUUGUUCCUGUUUAAAGGGUUUCUCGUCAUUCCAUUCCUUCUGGAACUUCGUGCUCUCAUGGACUGGAUGUGGACAGACACCACCUUGGCGCUGGGCAGUUGGCUACAGAUGGAAGAUAUCUAUGCCAAUAUAUUUGUUCUGAAGUGCUGGCGGCAUGCCGAAGCUACGUACCCUACCCCUCGAGCCCUUAAGAGAAAGUCAACUAUCAAAUAUGGAGUAGGAGGUCUGCUGCUACUAUUAAUCAUUUUCAUCAUUUGGUUCCCCUUGGUGCUAUUUUCCUUUGCUAACACUGUUUAUGAAGUCAAUCCACCCAAAACAUGUACUGUCAGGAUUUCCCUGGGUGGUUAUCAACCCCUGUUCAAAAUGACAGCACAGCAAGCAGACAUUUUCCCAUUAGAUGAAUCACAAUACAAGCUUCUACACAAAUACUAUGAUACGAGUCCUAGAGCCAGCAGUUUUCUAACCAGCUAUGACCCAGAAGAUAUUACAAUAAUCACUAUCAACGGCGAAUCAACGUCUGUGUGGGGGAUAAGUCCACCAAGUCAGAAGAAGCUCAUUCGUGACCUCAUGGAGGCCAAACAUAUGGACAUGGAUCUUGAUGUCUCGUUUACAAGAGGUAAGAGAUCACCUCAGUCUCCAGGCACCUUUUCUAAGCAGUUUCAAGUCAGCCUCACCAAUGACACCUCAAGAAAACUUGCUCAACUCAUCAGUGGUGGAAACUCAAGUCAACUGGUUGCCAUAUCACAGCUGUUCUACCCGUUUAUGAGGUUGCAGAACAAUGGUAUCAUUUCGGUUGUAAAUUCCUUAAUGGAAGAUGAAGAAGAACCUGACAUAUAUUUGGGUUUCCGGUCUGGGAAUAUAAGCAAGAGCAGUGGUCGAGUAGACUGGUGGUAUGUUACUGAAGAACAUGACUUAAAAAUCUGGACACCGUUCCCGAAGAGUAAUGCCAGCCAUUUGAUCUUGGUCACUUUCAAUGACCGUAUAGCACCGGCCACUUUCUCUUUAAUUACUGGCUAUGGCAUAAUUGGCCUGUAUGUGUCAAUGGUGUUUGUAAUCGGACGCUUUGCUCGUAUGUUUGUCAGUGAAGUUUCCUUCCGUAUCAUGUUUAUGGAGCUGCCCCGUGUUGACAACAUCUUAAAACUCUGCUUGGACAUCUACCUUGUUCGCGAAUGCUCUGAUUUAGGUCUCGAAGAGGAACUGUUUGCUAAGCUUAUAUUUUUGUACCGCUCACCAGAAACCAUGAUCCGAUGGACUAAACCAAAAUAUGACUGAAAUAUCCUCCCACAACAUCCUUUCACUGCUCUCUCUCUACUCAAGAGGUCUCUCUACACUAUUUUGUUUUACGAGAUAAAUGUAUAUACUCUGUAUUUAUUUCACGAAAUAUAUGUAUAUAAUAUAUACUUAUACAUACCCUCAAACUCCAUACACU